AUGUUGAUCAGAGAUCUCCAGAACUGUACGGAUUUUGAGUUCUGUUUUGUCAGCGAUGAUUCGGAAUAUUUCACCUCUCAGAUCUCAGUAACGUCACAAGUAUUUGCUAUUAGUGUUCUUAUUCUAACUUGUAUUAUCGGAAACUGUUUAUUGUUUUAUGCAAUCUUCAAAUGUUCCAAAAGAUCAAGUGCUUUAGCCAUCUUGCUCCUGAAUUUAGCGAUUGUGGAUAUUUUGGUUGGUGUUGUUGUUUUACCAAUGUGGAUUGUGUCGACUGUGAAUUUGGGAUGGCCUUUCCCACAUAACAUGUGUGAAUUUGUGGGCUUCCUGACGGUUGUUUUGAUGUUGUGCUCAAUAUUAUCAUUGUGUACCAUAGCUGUCGACAGAUAUUGUUGUAUCGCCUUCCCAUUCCGUUACCCGGUUUUAGUGACUGUGCCUAGACUAAACAUAUUAGUAGUUUGCUUAUGGGUUUACUGUAUCUUGGUGGCUGUUUUUCCAUUGUUUGGAUGGGGUGAUUAUCGUUUCCAGCCGCAAACAGUUCCCAUAUGUAACCCAGUUUGGGUGACAGAAAUAGCAUUUGCGAUAUUUUUAGUUCUUUCUGGGAUAGUACUUCCGGUUAUUUUGAUGUUGUUUUCGUACGCGAAAAUAGUGGUGAUUGCCAGAGAUCAUAUACGACGAAUUGACAUCGUGCAGAGACAUAUAGAAAUGCCUUCCACUGUAAACAAUACAUCAAACCAAGACCAAAAUCACAACACAAAAGACGAGAUUCGAAUGCAGCCUUCUAGAUUUUCUAAAAGUUUAAAAAUGGUUCAGAAGGUGUUUAUUGCUGUGGGUGUUUUCUUUCUGUGUUGGGGUCCAUAUGUCAUUCUGAACUUUUGGUCUGUCAACAACGAACAUAAAGCAGUUCCUUAUGUCGCCGAUUUACUUGUAACCUUACUCGCCUUUGCAAAUAGUUCCAUAAAUCCGGUUAUUUUUAUUCUACUCAAUAAAGAGUACAGAAAAACUAUUCAUGACCUAAGAAAUGUGCUAAUCGGGUUGUGUCAAACUAACAGAGUUAUUCCCCUUACACAUUCUUCCGGAUAUGAUAUCAGUGGUUACAGAGACUAUGACUUAGAAAAACGUUCAACGGCGGGAAACGGUGUAGCCCGACGACCAGUUAUACAGGAAGUGCCUUUUACCUCAGGUUAUGAUUCGGACAUUGAUAACGAAACUCAAAAAGUGUCAUGA